AUGGAAAGCUAUAGGGUACCUGGUCCUCACCAGUCUGUUGCGCAACCUCCAGCAACACCGCGUCCUGCAGUUUAUGUGGAUGGCAGUUGGAGGCAGGAGGUACAACGCAUGGGUGCGGCAGCGGUUUUCCGGGAUGCUGCGGGCACUUGGCUCUCGGGGAUCUCACUUGGUGUUGAUGGUGGCGACGCGUUCAUAGCGGAGCUCGCGGGGAUUGAAUUGGGCCUCCAACAGGCGUGGAAUUUAGGACACAGGGAGCUGUCUUGCUACUCGGAUUGCUUGGAGGCAGUAAACGUCUGCACGUCACAUGUCGACGUAACCACCUAUUGGGCAAGGGAUGCAAUUCUUCGCAUCAGAACCAUGCUUCAGUGGGGCUGGAAUGUGGAGCUUACUCAUGUGCCCAGGGGAAAGAACAAUGCGGCAGAUUGUUUGGCGAAACAUGCUUCAAGGGAGGGCGCUGCAAGACGCGAAUGGCGUUUACCACCCUCGUUUGUUAUUGAAGCUCUUCUUAAAGAUGUUGUAGCGUAG